CUCUCCUGGACAUCUCACUCCUCCCCUCUGAAUCCUUCCCACUGCAGGGAGCUGCUGAGGAGCCACAUGGUCCAUCCCUGGAUUCUCCAAGCACUGACUGCCCAUCCACGUUGACCACAGCCAGGGGCCACAUCCCACUGCCUGCCCAGUGUCCAUCCAUGGAGGUGAGCACCGUGUCCCCUUUCUUCACCUCACCAAACGAUGGACCUGGUCAGUGUGAGAUCAAUGUCUCCAGCGUGGCCAUGCACUUUGUGACGCUGCUCAUCGGCCUCUGUGGGCUGGCUGGGAACGGGGCUUUUCUCCGGCUCCUCCACAUUAAUGCCAACACCGACUUCGUCUUCAACCAGGCCAUCACCGACUUCCUCUUCCUCAUCAUUAUGGUCCCCUCCACCCUGCUCUUCCUUGUGGAGGAAGUGUCCUGCUCUGCUAUAAUGCCCCUGAUGUAUUUGAGUUUCCUUUUCUAUCUCUCGCUCUUCUCUUACACCAUGGGGCUGUACCGGUUGAUGUUCAUCAGCAUUCAGAGGUGCAGGUCCAUCCUAUGCUUGUUUUUUUGUGGUUGCCAGCUUCCUGAGCGCUUGGUUUUGGUGGUGAUGAGUGUCCUCUUCUGGGUCCUCCUGUUUGUUGUCACCGCUGUCAAUCCCACAGUGACUUCCCAGUGCCAGUCACACGAGCAGGAGCAGUGCCGGGUGGCUCUCACGUCCAUGUACGCCCUCAACCUCUUCCUAUUUGUUGCACCCAUGGUCAUUUCCUGCACAAUCCUCUUCAUUCACUUCAAGCCUGGAUCCCAGCAGCAGCAACACAUGAGACUCGACAUCGUUAUCGUCCUUGUUGCACUCUUCAGUCUGCCCCUCAGUCUCUGGUCUCUCCUGCAGCAGCUCGGUUACACGGCUGUGCCCUCCCAGGUGGUUUUCCUGCUCACCUGCAUCACCAGCAGCAUCAAACCCUUCAUCUACUUCUUGGUGGGGAGCUGGAAGAGAGCCUACUCCAUGAGGAGCUGCUGGAGACUCUGCUCCAUGCAGAGCUGCAGGAGGCACUCCUCCGUGCAGUCCCUAAGGAAGGCGAUCCACAGGGUGUUUGAGGAGCCCACCACUGCCCGCAGCAAUAAACCCACUGUGGACACAGAGGCCUCAGCCUGUUGAUCCCUUCCACUGCACUGCUGAAGGACCCUGGGAUGGUGGCUGAGAGAUUCCUUGAGUCUCCUGAUCAGUAAAUACCCACAGUGUCCCCCUCCCUGUGCUGGGGCAUCCCCAGCCCCUUUCCAGGCCGCUCUGGGCUCUGAUCCGUGCUUGUGAGGCCUCAGCCUUGAGGAGCAGCCCCGGGGCCCAGCUCCUCUGGCACUGAUCAGAAACACCCUCUGCUCCCAGCAACUGCUGUCCAACCACCUCCUGGGGCUUUAUCAACAGCCUUGGGAAUUAUUGUGCUCCCCUGAAUGCCACAGCAUCCCUGCUCUCCCACUUUCACAGAGAGCUGCCGGCCCGAAGUGUGGCCAGGGUGAAACAUGGCUGUGCCUGACGCCCAUGCCUUGGGGCCCUGUGAGCAGCGGCCCAAAAGGAGACCCUUGGAGCUCUCCUGGGCCCAGCAGCGCUGAGCAGAAGCUGCCUGGGAGUGGGGCCUCUCCGAGCUGGGAUCUCUCCCGUGUGCUGCCCUCGGCUGAUCCCCGAACGCCGACGGCUCCUGGGCCGAUCCCCCCGGUGCUCGAGGCCCAGCCCUUGGCCCAGUGAGGAGAUGCAAAGGGAUCCGCAGGGAGCCUUCCACUGCCUGCCAGGGGAAUUUCUCACAGGGACCUUGCACUGCCUAUUUCUGGCUGUGUGCACACAUGUGUGCAGCUGCUGUGGCAGAUGUGGCAGAAUUGCUGCUCUCUCAGGUGUGUUAGUGCCUGAGACAUCUGAGCGAGUCAGGCCUGGAAGGACGUCUCAGGCAUAAAAAAGGUUAAAUGCUGCUAAGUGAUAUUCCUCUGUUGAAUUGCUAAUAUUAAUGUAUAACUGAAGUACUUCUCAGUUUGAGCGCUAUAAUGGUUUUGGGCCAUUUUCCUUUUAAUCCUUACCCUCACUGUCCUUUUGUCACCUGCCCUUGAACACACAGACACACACACACACAGGAACAGCACUUUGGUAUGCUGUUGCUUAAUAUUAAACUUGGUUUUUACUGAUAUCCUUGCUGGUGGUUUUGUGCCUUCAGAAAUUCUUCCUCUGCCCUGGCUUUGGCCUCUCCCUCAGCAGGCUCAGAUGGUGCAGCUGCAAGGGGAGGGGGAGUCCAUGGUCCUCAGCACUGCCACCCCCUUCCAGGAGCAGGGUGACAUCUGUGUUUGUCACCGUUGUCUCCAUGGGGCAUCAACCCCCACCCUCUGGCUUUGCUGAGGUCUCUGAGCUUGGGAUGUUCCGCCUGGAGAAGAGAAGGCUUCAGGGAGACCUUAGAGCCCCUUCCAGAGCUUUUAGAGGCUCCAAGAACUGGAGAGGCGCUUUGGACAAAGGCCUGGAGUGGCAGGACAAGGGGGAAUGGCUUCCCAUUGCCAGAGAUCAGGGUUAGGUGGAAUAUUGGGAAGAAAUUCUUCCCUGUGAGGGUGGAGAGGCCCUGGCACAGGUUUCCAGAGAUGUUCUGGCUUCACCAUCCCUGGAGGUGUUCCAGACCUGGCUGGAUGGGGUUUGAAGCAAUCUGACCUGGUGGAAGGUGUCCUUGCUUCCAAAGGCAUGAGAUCAGGAAAAAAACAACCACAAGUAUUCCCAAGACUGAGGAGGAGGACGAUGAGCUCUGGUGAAGGGUUGGAAGGGGCACCCCAGCACCCCAAAAUCUG